GCGACCAUUGCCGACCGUGCUCGAAUUUUAUUACGAACCUUUCCGUUCUCGGAUCGAGUCCUGUCCUCCGAUCUUUGUUCUCCGUUCUCCAGACUAUGAGUCGAACCGCGGUCGUUUAAUAACGCGUUGCGACACCUCAUGACUUCGAUGUAUCAUCAUCGAGCGAAGAGAUUCCUAGUUAGUGGCAUUGGCGACCAGUCGAUUUGAUGUUGCUCGAGUCCGACUCGACUGAAAAAGGUUGGAAGGCGCGCGCAAUUUCCUCAGGAAGCCGUUUUUCUCGAGUUUCCCGACAACACCGCCGGAAGGUAAAAGAAAUUCGAGGAGUAAAUCCGCGGCCGACGGGGCCUAUCUCUACAUCCGGCUUCGGGGAGAAAAACAAAAUUCCCCGUCGUUCCCGGGAGGCAGGAGAAUUCGAGGAUUCGAGCGGUAGGAGCAGCAGCCGAAGGUGCACCAAGGUAGUAGCCUCGAAGAGGAACACGAAGAAGGUUCUCCUCGUACCCCACCUUAACCAUCCGCCACUACCUAACCGCUGCCUCCAUCGCCUCCUUCCUCCACCUCCAACACGCGUACAGUCGUACGAUCGCCGGCGAGCAAUACGGUUUACGGCCGCGUGACACCGUCCCGGAGAACGUACGCGAACAGCUGGAUCCACGUUGCUCCGGCAUCGAUCCCAGCGGUAGAUCCACUCGGGAUAGACAUCGUAUCAUCCGUCGCGUGAACCGUGUGCAAUUUGCCGACAUCGUUUCUACGAGUUCUCUGUCUCCGCUGUUCAGUGCUCCGCGUGCCUCUUCUAACUGUACACCGUCGCCGUCGUCGUGGUUAUUGAAUAAAUCGCGCGAGUCAACGUGAACGCUGUUUUCUCAACCAUAAAAGUAUGUCUGUGUGCCUUUUAAGCGGAUAGCGAAUUAAGCCCGUACGAGAACCGAUCGUGAACGUGUGCCUCGACGCUAGAGAACAGUGUGCCGCAUCGGAGUGCGCCAGAACGAAAACCACGAUCGUGUGCAAGAUACGUCGGGACAUAGAUACGUGUCCUCGUGAGUGAGAGUGUUGAAUCCGUGUGCAAAAGGGUAGCGUGGCUGCUGGUGAGACGUCAACAUCUGUUAGCGUGUACGUCCCGUUCUCCCGACACACGGUGCGUGUCCGGGUUCCUCCGGCAGCUCCGCGUGACCCGGACGCACGCCGAUUUCUCAAGGAAUCUCGUGUACAGGCGUGCUUCGAUAUAUCUAGAAUUCGAAACAGUUGCACGCCGUUUUCCAUUGUGACAUUCGUUGCGGCGAGGCAGCAUGUCGCGGCGCGCGCGUUCUCCCUGUUCGACCGUCUCGUGACCGGAGCAGAAGACCUAAUCGGAUCGGCAUUGUUCUGUUAACGAGGAUCAGCUGUCCAGGAUUACCACUGCCUUCCUCCAGGAACCGUCCAUCUUCUAUUCGCAGAGGUGGAGACAUUGGACCCAAUCAACAAGAUGAACUGAGAAAUUCGCUACUCAUGGUGCUUGAAGACGAGGCGUUUCGGAGCUGAUUGUCAUUCUCUGUCUUUGCCAGUCGGGUGAUUCCCGAUUUGAACAAUGCGGUGGGAGAGGAGGCAUUCCAUUCAUCACCACUGAAAGUGAACCUCUUCCACCAACACGUUACGCAUAAGCGAAGCGCGCGAGACCGGCGGCAGUUGAAAAUCAACCACGAGGACGGCAGACUUGGCCGAUUUCAUGGAUCUAACGGAGGCAUUCGCCCCGGGAGGGGGCGGGGAGGAACUGCCGAAGACCGACUUCUUCGACUUCGUCGUAUCUCCACCCCCGCACUGCGCCUCUACGGACGGCGUAUCCGACGAGGAGAGCUUCCUCCAUCGCACCACGUGCAGGAGCAUCGGGUAUCUCCAGCAGAGUCACGAGGAGCACGAGACCGGUCGCGAACUCCACGGCUCGCCGUUCAUCAAAGAGACGAACAACAACACUUUAACGGCGCUGCCACCGGUCUCGACCAUCACCGGCUCCCUGAGCCAUCACCACCAUCAUCACCACGUGAGAACGACGCAUCAGACCGCUUGCAACGUUCAGACCAACGAGCAGGCGCCGAUGGACCAGUCGGACUGCGAUUACUGGGCCACCGACGAGGGCAAGGAGCAGACGUGCAACAUACUUUUAGAAGAUUUGAACAAAUACUGUUGGUCGGCUAAUCAGACCCACGGAAAUGAGAACGUCGUUCACCAGGGUUCGAACGAGCAUCAUCAAGGAGUGGGGCGAGGGUGUUCGACCAACGACAGACAGAACACAGACGGGGCGAUCUACACGUUGACCGUGUUGAACAACGAAGCCAAUUCGAUGGACGGUCUGGACUGCUGCAAGAGUCCAGCGCCGACGUCCAGCGAUUCCUGGUCCCUGCGACCGAAUCUAGACUUGGACGCUAUACUCAGCAUGGAGCCGACCUCCGCGGAACAAGAUCACGACCAAUCCAGUAAUGUAACGGAGGUGUCGAGGACGGUCAACGAUAGGUUUCACCCAGACCGUUUCUCCGUUGCAUCCUCGCAAUACGGUACCGACGACAGCGGUUUCGUGGAGAGCAAGGAACUCUGCAGGGGAUCUUCCAGUGGCAAUUGCACCGGAGGUGACAACAACAACGAUUGGAAACUCUCCGAUCAGAAUCUCCAGGAAGCUGCAGCCGCGGCGGCAGCCGCGGUCGCGGUCGGUGCUGGCGAUUCUGCUGAAAGUCUUUUGAGAAGCGCUCUUCAAGGGAAACUGUACACCGGCCCGGCUCAAGUGGUCUCGUCCUCGUCACCGUCUAACCAAGGCUCUACUAUUUCAAUGCCCGUCACGAAUAACGCGGGUCUGAUAGUCCCCGAUCAGCAGCAGCAACAGCAACAGCAGACGCAACAACAACAACCACCGCAGCCGCAACCACAACAAGACGAAUCGAUGCACACCUGCACGGACGAGGAUCUGUUGUUAUCUCAAUUAGAUCAAACUUAUCGUCCAGGGGAUUACGAGAAGUUGAAGAGCAUAGCUAACGAAGUGGUCGAGUCCUACUGUAGUCUGGAGCCGGUUUGCAACGUGUCAGCGACGACGACGGUCAUGUAUACCUUAGACCCAACUAGCGGUAGCCUCGGUACCAUAACUCUGCCAGCGGAUCUGGGUCAAGUGAGUACGGUGACGGUGGUCACUGCAGCUCAACAAGAAGUUUUCCAACAACAAACUGCUCCGCGAAACGAGGUGGAGCAGCAACAGCCCACGAAUCAACUUCAGAUCGCUCCUUCGAGAGUUGUCACUACAAAAGCGCCGAAAAAGUAUUGCCGGCGCACGAACAGGAACAGUAACAACUCGAAUUCGUCGAGCAACGGCAACAGCAGUUCCGAGACCGGUGGGAAUUCCGGUAAUCAACCACAGGGAGCGUCCGGUGGAUCUCCGGGCAGCGUGCAACGCAAGGAGCGCUCGCUGCAUUAUUGCAGCAUUUGCAGCAAGGGUUUCAAGGACAAGUACAGCGUGAACGUUCACAUCAGAACGCAUACCGGCGAGAAGCCGUUCGCCUGUUCCCUCUGCGGUAAAAGUUUUCGACAAAAGGCUCAUUUAGCGAAGCACUAUCAGACCCACGUCACGCAGAAGCCUAGCGUUCAGCAGCAGACGGGGAACAGCGGGAGUAACAACGGGAACAGUGGGAAUCCGAGCCCGUCGGCCGAAACUGCGAACACGACUACUAGUAGUGUGACGAACAGGAGUCAAACGCAUCCGGUUUCGGUCGAUCCCGCGGGAAGCGCCUGCAAUCCGCCCAGUUAGUCGCGUUGGAUGGAUCCAGGCGUUUUUGGCGUGUUUCAUUGUCUCGUCUCUUCAUCGUUCGAUGACACAGUGCAUAUCGUGGAUGAUACCGUUUCUUGUCUCUUUUUUACUUGGUUUUUUUAACCGAGGCUCUGUUCGUAUACUCCGUCCAAUAAUUAGGAUCGUCCAUUUAGAAGGUGAUCCGUGGCCGAUCGAGGCCGGGAAUUAGAGCGGACCAUGACCGAUUCGAGGUUCGCGAGAUACUAUCCAUGGACUAAUUUUUCAUUUCUUGGAUUCUCGCGAUGUCUCGUUCUACAGUCGAUAAUUUAUUCGAGUUACACGGUGCGCGAGUCGCACGCGACUCGUCAUACGCGAGAAAUAGCUAGCUGAUAGAACAAAUGGAUUUAACGCGGAACACUCUCUUUUCUAGUGUCUCCAUCCCACACGUGACAGCAUAAAUGUAAACUGAAAAGCGUUUACGGAUAUUAGCUGCACAGAUUUUUCAAUUAAAACGAACUAUGGUAGCCAAUAUCCAUGAACUUUGUAUAACUGAGACUGAAAGUAUCUGAUCAGUUAAGAUGGGGAGCCAGGGAAUGAUCUGUGAUCUUAUAUGUGAUCUUGAGGUGAUUUAAAGAAAUGUAGGUGAAUUACGUGUAUUGGACAUGAGAGAGGUACACCUGAAUUUCGAAGUUUCGUCUAAGGACAUGUGCUUAAUAUAAAAAAAUUUCUCCCUUAAAACCAACAAAGAAAUGUUCUUAACCGAUCAGAUCUUUCAAUUUCUAACACAACCAAGCCGUACGUUGAAUUACGAGACGUUCCAAGUAUCGUGAAUUUGUCCACGAAAAGGAAAAGCAAUUUUGACGACUGUCGUUCCUAUCACCAGUUCAAGUUUGGUUCGGUUAAAAGAAAAUUCGUGAAGAACAAUUCCAUUGAUAAGUUCACGAUAACAGUAGGUUAGGCAGACUCAGAAUACCGUUUAUUUUUUUACUCCUCGUUCGAGAUCAGUUGGUCGAAAUCAAUGGAAAUCGUAGACAAUGAGAUAAAAUAAUAGGAAGAAAUUGUUAAGUUAAAUGAUCAACUGAUUUCAAACGAGUUAUGGUCGAUCGACGGUGGUUGAACAUCUUUCAAUAAAAUUGUUCCUAAAACGACUCAUUAAAAAACGAAAUAACCACGUCGACGACGGACGCAGAAUGACCAAUCGAUAUUUAAUACCGGUACGAGAUAUUAACAUAUUGGAAGAUGCUUUCUAUUCUUCCACAUUUUUCUAUCAUUCUUCUUUCGUUUUUAUAUAUAAUGUAUACACAGACAGACAGACAGACAGACACGUAGUAAACUACUGGAUGUAACGUAGGGAUCGGUAAAUAUCAGAGUAUCGAGAGAGAGAUAUAUUAUAUAUAUACAUAACGGUUUAGAAGUAAAUUAGUAGCACGAGCUGUGAUUUUUAGAUACAUACUCAACGCGAGGGCCGCGCUCGUUAAUUCGAAUUACUCUGAAAUCAUUGACAAUCAUUUAACUGUAACCCCUUCCACUACAUUUAAUCAGUAACUCUUUCAUUACUAUUAAAUGGUAUUACAUGUCUUUAUCACUUGUUAACAAUAAGAAAAUUCUAAUAAUCCAUUUGCAUAUCCAUAAUCUAUACAAAUGCUUGUUGGAAGUGUUCAAGGGACAACGUUGAUGAAGAUGUCUUAGGUGACAUGAUCGUCGAUGAUUUCAAGACGAACCCUCCGGUUCGCAGGCGAUCGCGUGACCCUCCGUCUGUUAAUUCGUAAGAAAGUGAAAGCGAGGCGUUCGACGCACGAUUUUGCGAAGAAUUCAACAUUGGAACACUGUUCGAGCCUGAUCGUCUCACACGCACUUCCCUCGAGUCCCAUGGGAAUUCAAAGUCGAUUCUUUUUGCACGGCUCUUACAACAGAAAUAUUCCUUAUACAAACGUCGGGCUCAUAAUCAGCAUCAAAGUACUGUACGUAACAAUGUUUUACAGAGGUAGUAUUACUUCGUUGAAAAUUGUUUUAACAGAGAAAUGGAAUUGAUAACAUUACUGUGAUUGUAAGACCGGCAAUUCAUUUAGUACAGAUAUUUUCAGCUGGAAACUGCCUUUGACCUAUCGACGAUUAUUUCCCACGCCUAGGUUUCCCUGGCUAAUCGUUAAACGGCAGGCCAUGCGAGGCAAUUAACGUUCGGUUAAUCGGCGCAGUUCCCGCCGUCGUUGAAAGUCGCGGUCGCUCACUAUCUUUGUCUAUCUAUUCAUAAAUUCCCUGGCUAUAGCUGGACUAACACCAUUUCAACGUUCAAUUGCAUAUACAAUCAAUUUAUUAUUCUCCCUUGAUAAAAUGGUUUGACUCUUAAAAAAGGACUUCAGACUAAUACGUACUGAUAUCAUUUUAGCACUACGACUGGGAUAAUAAUUAAUGAUACAAAUAUUGUAGAUAUGCCCACUUUUGAUAUUUGAGGGAAGAAUUGUUGUAAUGAUUAAAUUAUACAUAAUUUCGGUGCCUCCUGCAUUUCAAUAAAUAUCAUCAAUAGUAUGUUCUUUUAAUAUACUCAUUUAUCAAAUGAAUUCGCAUCGAUUAAUAGUAGUUGUAGCAUUAAAUUGGUCACAAUAUUCCCAUUUUCUAUCUCACUAGCUCCCUGCGGUUGCUCCUAACGCAUCUAUCCUUCAUUGUACGGUGAUUCGCGCAAGAAACGAGACUUCCAUCCUCCUAUCACGGUUUUUAUCUCCGCUCGUAAACUUCGAUUUCCAAUUAACUAUGUUACCGUUCGCGUUCCAAGGACGAAACGGCGUGAAACUCUUCUCCGAUGAGCCGAGAUCACGGUAUGGGAAUGAACGUUACAAAACGCGUUACAAAGUCGGCCUGCAUCUUCUUUUUCACUAUCUAAUAGUCUGACAGUCUUUACGAACUUGAACAAGUAAUAACAAGAUUAUUCGUAUCGAUGCUAAACUCGUCAUUUCAUUUUAUGAACUGGAAUCAUCCAUUCAAUUAGAAAAUGUAUUAAUUAUUCACA